CAGUGACAUCGCAUUGAUAGCCUGAAACCCGCCAUGGGGGGAUUAUUUACACUACGGAAGUGGGAAAAUACCACAAUCCAGAGAUUUUCUUUUCCCUCAGAGGGCUGAUUGUUAACUAUUUACCAACACACCACUGUUUACACCAAGAUUUGAAGAGAAGUGAAAUCAGUAGAGACAGAGUAGUCAGAGAAGGAAGAGAUCAGACGAGAAGAGUACUGAGGGGACGAGGAAAGAAAGUGUCAGGAAAUCAGGAGUGUCACAUGCUGCAAUCAGGCCUAGGGAGAUGAGGACCAAAGACCAGGGCACUGUCACUGAGGGAGCUGAUGCAGAAGCUGGAUGGCAGAGAAGGUGGACGUGAGGGGUCAUCUAGGGGGUGGUUGGGAAAGCCAGGGACCCUGGUCAAGUCCCUGGACAUCAGUCUGGGGCCAUGUGACCCUAGGGGGCUCCCUGGCCAGGCCUGGUUUAAGGGACAGGAGCUGUAUCUUGAGAUCCUGUCUUCCAGGCUAUCUCUCCAUCCAAGGCCCAAAGUUUGUGAGAGGCUCAGAGCGGGGCUCCGUGACGGUGGAGUGUCGCUACAAACCACGAUGGGAGACCUACACGAAGUGGUGGUGUCAAGGAGCAAGCUGGGAAUCAUGCAAGAUCCUCCUUCAAACCACAGGGUCAGAGCAAGAAGUGAAGACAGACCGUAUGUCCAUCAGGGACAAUCAGAGCAACCACUCUCUCACCGUGACCAUGACGCAGCUCAGGCGAGACGACACUGACAUUUACUGGUGUGGGAUUGAGAGACUCGGACCUGACCUUGGGGUACAAAUUAAUGUGACCGUUGACCCAGAGGCAACCACACCAGCAAGCCUGCUAACAGCCAGCAACCAAACAGGAGUGUCCUCUGGCUCCUACAUCCGGACCCGCUACAUGCUCCUGGUCUUCGUGAAAGUGCCUGUCUUGCUCAUCUUGGUCGGUGCUGUCCUCUGGUUGAAGGGGCUGAAGUACAACAGGGACUGGCCAUCUACACGAACUUGUCCUCUGACCUUCUGACCAAGGACACAGCCCCUUAGACAGAGGGAUGGGAUGAACCUUCUGACCCUGGACCCUAUUUCCAGAGGACACACAGGAUGUGUAAGAAAUGCCUCUGAGUCCUCAGGAUGCAAGGGCUGAGGCUGGGGGCCCUGGAGGCUGGCCGAGCACCCUCCCGGCUCUGCACAGCUCAGGGACACAGCUCGGCGUCAUCGCCGCCUGGAGCACCAGCACCUUGUUCCUACUUCUCACGUAGCAAAAGCCCCACCCCACCCCGCCAGGGGUCGGAACUUAUGGUCAGGAGCUGUUGGGGUGCAGUCCAAGGGCAGACGGCCAUGUCCCCACUGCGGGAAGAACUCGGACACAGAGCCAGGGACACAGCGAGAAGCAGCAGGGAUGUGGGAGAGAGACUGAGAGAUGCAGCCCUGCCCAGUGCCUGGUUUGCUCCAGGCCGGAGACCAGCCCAGCCCACUCUGUGUCUCAGUUUCUGAUGUAUGAGAUUUUUCUUAAGCUAGUCAAGUUGGGUUGUGAUGGCUUGUGCCCAUGAGAACCCCAGCUGAUGCACACAGAGGGUGAUUCUGCAGUGAGUUCCCAGUUCUGGGGUCUGAGAGCUUGGACAUCCCCUCUGCCCAGGGAGGACACCGCUCUGAGUACAUGGACAGAGGAACGACCGGGAGCCUUCCUGGGCCCAGGCCCAGUGCUGGCCUCCCUCCUUCCUCCUCCUCCUCCUCAUCCAUCCUGGCUCCCUAGCUCCCUGCCCCACCCCACCCAGGGGCUGGGGCUUCCUGGGAGCUGUGACUUGGGAGUCUGGCCUGCGCCUCCCCUCAGCACCACUGCUCAGCUCUCCCAUGGGGCUGCUGGGCCUGGAAACUACCUCAAGAUUGGGGAGGGUGGGGUCACAAAGACAGUCUGAGGAAAUGAUGUCAUCUCUUUUAAAUAAUGUUGUUCAAAUAAGGUUAAUUAAAACUGUCUGGGGGGAAUAACGUUGCCUCUCUUAAACGCUGUUGUUUAAAUAAUCUUAAUAAUGAAAAACGUCUAAGGGAAAUGACGUCGUCUCUUUCAAGUGCCUCACCGACAGCGAUGAUGUCCUUGGAUGUCACUUUGGGCCACGUGAGUCAUGGCCCUCACACCAAAGGGGGCUUCGCUUCACCUCAGGAGAAACAGUCUCAUCUGAGAUGUGCCCCCCACUUGCAAACACACACAUACACACGUUUGGACUGUUUCCCUUUGGUUUCCCUCCUCAGUUUGAUUGAGGUAUAUUUCACAAAUAAAAACUGUGUACAUGUAAAAUGUA